AUGAAGAAUACAGGUAAAGAAGUACGUAAGAGAAGAAAGAACAAAAAAGACCCCCAUGCCCCCAAGAGAUCCUUAUCAGCUUAUAUGUUUUUUGCAAAAGAGAAAAGAGCAGAAAUUAUUAGUAAACAGCCAGAAUUAAGUAAAGAUGUUGCAACAGUAGGUAAAAUGAUUGGAGAAGCAUGGAAUAAAUUAGGAGAAAAAGAAAAAGCCCCAUUUGAAAAAAAAGCACAAGAAGAUAAAUUGAGAUAUGAAAAGGAAAAAGCAGAAUAUGCAAAUAUGAAAAUGAAAGCUUAA